GCUCGGGGCGGCGCGGGCGCCAGCGCGGGGCCAAGAUGUCGUUCCCCGAGUACCGGCCGGCGCGCCUCGCCACGCUGCCCACGACGCUCGAUGCCGCCGAGUACGACAUCUCCCCGGAAGCCCGCAAGGCCCAGGCCGAGCGCCUGGCCAUCAGGGCGCGGCUGAAGCGGGAGUACCUGCUGCAGUACAACAACCCCGGCCGCCACGGGCUCAUCGAAGACCCAGCCCUGCAUCGUUGGACCUAUGCAAGAUCAGCAAACAUCUACCCCAAUUUCAAACCCACUCCCAAGACCUCACUCUUAGGAGCUCUGGUUGGAAUCGGGCCCCUCUUCUUCUGGUAUUAUGUUUUUAAGACGGACAGAGAUAGAAAAGAAAAACUUAUCCGUGAAGGAAAAUUGGACCGAACAUUUAGCAUCUCGUACUAAAUCUGAAAAUUAUGACUAUAUAUUACUGUUUAAAUAAAUCUUCUAUUAAUCAUUAAAUACUUUCUCUUUCUUACUGUG